GAUCUACCGUCAUCUCUGUUCCGUUCUUAUCGCUUUCUCAUAAAUACCCUUCUCUCUUCAAAAAAUCUCGAAAAGCCCAACCCUGCCCUUUUUAGGAUUUUCUCUGCCUUCUUUCUUCCAUGUCCAAAACCCUAGAAAUCCAAGCCCUGCCCUUCUCCGUUCUCUAACCUUCUCACAUGGAUCUCUCCCUGGUCGACACGUGUCUCGAUUUCACCCGUCGAAGGAAGAAAUCGAUCAUCCUCAUCUCAGCCGUCGGUUUCUCUGCCUACGGCUGUUACAAGCUCUACCACAUCCCGUCCGUCGCAAAGAAGCGGAGGCGCCUCUUCAAGCUUCUCGGAACCCUAGUUUCGAUCGCCGAAUCGGUGUCCAAUUCGGCCGAGUCAAUCUCAAUCGUCUCCCGAGACCUGACGGAUUUUCUUCGGUCCGAUUCCGACGAGAUCCCCACCAGCAUCAAGCAGUUGUCGAAGAUCGCACGGUCGGAGGAGUUCUCGGCGUCGGUGAUCAAGAUCACUGAAGCUUUAACGGCAGGGAUCUUGCGUGGCUACAAUUCGGAGACAAACGUUGACGGCAGCGAUGAGCAGUCGCCGGGUACGAAUUCAAGCUUCUCUGAUCGAAUUCUUGAUAGGGUCUUCUCUCCAGCGGGGUCCGGCUUUGCUUCGGUUGUCGUUGGCAGUUUUGCGAGGAGCUUGGUGACUGCGUUCUACUCGGAGGAUCCGACCGCCGGGAAUUCGCCGGUGAUUGAGCGGCUCGGAUUGGACUCCACGCCCAGAUGGGUGAACAUCGUCUGUGGUGAGAAGUGCAGAGAACUUAUUGCGGACUGCAUACAGCUGUUUGUGAGCACGGCCGUUGCGGUAUACCUCGACAAGACGAUGAAUAUAAACACCUAUGAUGACAUCUUCGCAGGCCUAACAAAUCCGAAGCAUGGAUUGAAAGUGAAGGAUGUACUGGUUUCAGUCUGCAAUGGCGCCGUUGAGACGCUUGUCAAGACUUCCCACCAAGUCAUGACGAAUCCGGAUUUGAAUUCGAGCUCAAAUAACUCUAAUUCAAAUUCUCCGUCUUCUGCUAUGGUCACCCAUGGCAAAGGUGGCAGCGAGGAAUCGCCGGGUUUGUUGGUUGGUUGUAGGGAUAAGUAUUCUUUUGAUGAAGCUAAGGACAGUGGAUGGGUUAGUAAGGUGGCGACCACGUUGGCAGUCCCGAGCAACCGGAGGUUCCUUCUGGACGUGACUGGGAGAGUGACAUUUGAGACCGUUAGAUCCUUUCUUGAUUUCAUGAUGUGGAAGAUGUCGGACGGUUUGAAGAGGAGUGUGAAUGCCAUUCACGGGGAGGCGGCGGGGAGGGGCCUUGAGGUUGUGAGAUAUAUUGGGGCAAAAUCAGCAGUUAUUGCUGCGAUAUGCAUUGCAUUGUGCUUGCAUAUUUUGCUUGGCACGCGGGUCUUGGCACGUGGGUCUUGAUGCAGGCUUGAAAUGUUGCGGUCUUUGUUUUCAAUUGGGUUAAUGCUCUCCUGAAAUGCGAGCUCUGAUUCUGACUUUGGUGUGGGUUGAAUCAUCCACCAAUGAUUCUGAUGCUAAUAUCCUUCUGAAGUGCUGGUUGUGAUUGAAAUGAACUACCCGACAACAUUUGGGUGUGCUUCUCCUCGGAAUUGAGGAUAGUUCUUCCGUAUCUGUCUAAUAGUAUGGUCGUGUUCUUAUCUCUUCCAACCAGAAGUUAAUCCAAUCUUCUAUUUGAAACAUGAAACAUAGGCCUGGCAGUUUGCUAUUUGACAGCGUCCAAUCACUGUCCUCAUCUCAACCUUGUCUUGUGGUGGAAAAAGCAGGAAAAUGCUGGCCCACUUUCUGUGUGUUGCCUUUUCUGAACUGCCCUCAAACACCGAUUGUGGUCAGUUGGGUCUGAAGGCCUGGUCAACCAUGAUUUAGGCAUGGCUAUCUGUAAAGCAACUCAUGGUUGUUACGGAUACAAAGCUCAUCCACAUUUUGUAACCUAAUUCAUGCUUGAAACUGGAGACAAUACAUGAAUCUUAUCAGAUUUUGAUCUACUACCUCAUUUCCAGUGCUUGCAUGAGAAUGGAAUUCCUCUCCUCUAUUCGGUGAACCAGCACUUCUUCUCAAGGGAGGUCAAUGUAAAUACAGGUGGGUCCAAACACAACCUUUUAAGUAGGUAUCUACUUACCUCUAUGGAUUGAAGAGUCCAUAACAAUUGCAUGAUGGAAAAUAAUAGUAAUUCUAUUAU